AUGUCGACUGAUGCGGCGCAAUCGUUCUUGUUGCCGUUGCUGGGCAUUUUGCUGCUGUUGCUGCUGCCCACGAGCACUGUGGCGCCACGCAGCUCAGCCGAAUUUGAGGGGCAGCUUUACCAGGAUUUGCUCUACAACUACAACAAAAUCCCACGGCCAGUGAAGAACAGCACGGAUAUUCUCACGGUGAAAUUGGGAGCCUCACUGAUACGAAUCAUUGAUGUGGUGAGCCUGCCUUGUUGA